AUGAAUUUGCAAGUUGCGUCGGAUCAAGUUUUGUGCAAAGCCUUCCUACAAAUGUUGACUAAUGCUGCUAGGGACUGGUUCUCGACAUUGGAGCCCAACUCCAUAGCCUCAUUCUUAGAUUUGGCUGAUAAGUUCUCAGCCUUCUUUUCAAGUAGCAAGCGUAUCAGAAAGACUGCGGCCUCUCUCAUGCAACUUUGCCAGGGAACAAAUGAAACCCUACAAGGAUUUAUGACGAAGUUUAACAAGGAAAGACUUCAAAUAUCUUACCUUCACAUUACGGCGGUUGUCUCCGCCCUUACAUAUGCCAUAAAGUAUGAAGCCUUCAAGAUAUCCUUAUCAAAGACCCCGCUACAGACAGUGACCAAACUCCUCACCCGAGCUGAAAAAUACAUUAAUACGGAGGAAAUGCUGAAUCCAAGGAGAUCUGGUCCUUCCCAUGAAAAGGUCGAGAACAAGAAGCAACAUGAUCCUGUUUCCCGGCCAGAGCAUCCUCGGGACACGCGGAAGAAUGAAGGGCGACCAGGGCCUCUCACCUGGUUGAACACCUCCAAGGCAAAUAUCUUAAUGGAGAUCAAAGAUAUGAAAGAGUUGAAGUGGCCUUCAAGAAUGAAGUUGCCCCCUGACCCAAGAGAUAGGAGCAAGUAUUGUGAAUUUCAUCGAGAUCAUGGGCAUACCACGAAGGAUUGCCAAGCCUUGCAGCGGGAAAUUGAAGCUCUCAUCAAAAGAAGGCUCUUAAGAAAUUACAUUGGUCAUGAUAAACGCCCAAGAAAUGACUGUUACAAUUGGAAAGAGCAUGGAGCCGGAAGCAGUGCUCAACCCACUGCUGGGACCAUUAAUAUUAUCAUUGGAGACAUGGUAUCUGGAGGAAACACAAAUAGUGGGUGA